GUUUUGUUUUUUGGCUCUUAGAGAGCAGGUGAGGUGGGGCUUGGCAGAGUUUUGCUAUGGAUAGGGAAUGGGAGUGAGGAGUGAGGCCCAAACAAGCAGACUUGGGUAGUGAGCUUUCACAGGCAAGGCAGGUCUGAGGAGCCCCCUUCCCCACGUCGUUAGAAGGAAAGAGUGAUUUUACCUGACUGUGGAGGGGGCUUUUCUUCCAUGACUGCUCCUUGAACCCCUUAUUCUGUGCCAGGUCCUUGCUGUGCUGGGGGCUAGGAUUAGGGAGAACAUCUCAGGGGGCUAAGACAGAAAUAGACACUUGGCUAAGAAGUAGGAAGGGCAGGUUGAAGGGGAAAUUCUGUGAGCUGUGUACGAAGGCUUUCUAAGGAGUGGAAAGCAAUGCAACUAGGGCUCCAAAGCUACAAACAUUUAGCUCUGGGCCAGAGGAAGGCAUUGCAGGUGGAGGGGACUGCCGUUUGCAUGCUUGGAACAUGCAAAGCUGGAGCAUAGAGGUUUAGGAGAUAAAGUGGUAGCAGGUCCAAUGCAGUCCAGCUGACGAGGAUGGAAUACGCCAUGAAGUCCCUCAGCCUUCUCAACCCCAAGUCCCUCUCCAGGUAUGUGGCAGUGAGCACCUCGGUGGUCACCCAGCAGCUGCUGUCGGAGCCCAGCCCGGAGCCCCUCAGAGCCCGGCCCUGCAGAGUGAGCACCCAGGACCGGAGUGUGCGGAAGGGCAUCAUGGCGCACAGCCUGGAGGACCUCCUCCACAAGGUCCGGGACACCCUGAUGCUGGCAGACAAGCCCUUCUUCCUGGUGCUGGAGGAAGAUGGCACAGUGGUAGAGACAGAAGAGUAUUUCCAAACCCUGGCAGACGACACAGUGUUCAUGGCCCUCCAGAAGGGGCAGAAAUGGCAGCCCCCAUCAGACCAGGGCUCUAGGUACCAACUCUCCCUCUCCCGUAAGCCUGCCAAGAAGAUCGACGUGGCCCGAGUAACCUUUGACCUGUACAAGUUGAACCCACAGGACUUCAUUGGCUGCCUGAAUGUAAAGGCAACUCUCUACGGCACAUACUCCCUUUCCUACAAUCUUCACUGCUAUGGGGCCAAGCGCGUCAUGAAGGAAGCUCUUCGCUGGGCCCUCUUCAGCAUGCAGGCCACAGGCCACAUGCUGCUCGGCACCUCCUGUUACAUGCAGCAGCUUCUGGACGCCACGGAGGAAGGGCAGCCCCCUAAGGGCAAGGCCCCAUCCCUCCUCCCGACCUGUCUGAAGAUACUGCAAUGAAGGCCCAAGUCCUCGAAGGCCUUCUCCAGCCAAGGACUAGCCUGGGAACCCCAUGCUCAGCUGGUAGCGCCCACAAGCCUGACAGUUAGAGAGCUUCUUACCUCCCUACGUCUCCCUCACCCACACAGGACUAUGAAUGUGGAAGCAGGGGGGAGGGCUGGAAGCCUGGGAUGGGAUGGCCAAAGGAGAGUUGAGGGUUUUUGUCCGGGCCGAGCUCCUCCCUGUCCAAGGUAGCUUAGCUGACCAAGACUGGUCGCCAGCAGGCUAGGCACGAAGUCUGCCCGUCGGCUGCCGGUCCUCACAUGCUGUACUUUCAUCACACUCCCUACCUCCUGGCCCCCAUCCCUAAUACUCCUGAGUGAAUUGUCAGGCCCAUUAGUAUAUGAUAUUAGAGAGUUGGCAAUAAAUGGUUCAUGCUGAUA